GAACAAUACAAUUGACCCUCCCCCCAACUGAGACCAUCUUCAACCUCGCUGUUCAGCCUGGCCCCUUUCUUUACUGCCCUUCACCGACUCAGACCGCGGCAAUGGGCGCGCUCAAGACACCAGAGUGGCGCAAGCUUCCGUUAGGUCUCACCGAGCUUUGCAUUGACACCACUCUGCGAUGUGGGCAGUCCUUCAGGUGGCGCAAGCUCGACGACGAGUGGCACUGCACCCAUCACGGCAGGAUCGUGUCCUUGAAGCAGGAUGCAGACCAUCUUCACUACCGCGCAACAUGGCCAACGCCCUCUGCUGUACCAUUGACGCCGACUGCUUCGUCCACAGGGACAACCACACCAGAGGAUCCAACGGCAGAUGACACGGAAGCCCUGCUCAAGAACUAUUUCAACCUGCAUUACGACCUGGCUGAGCUGUACAGGCAGUGGGCGGACGCUGACCCAAACUUUCGGAAACGGGCGCCCAGCUUCACAGGCGUCCGCAUGCUGAACCAGGAUGCCUGGGAGGCCCUCGUUGGCUUCAUAUGCAGUAGCAACAAUAAUAUUUCGAGGAUAUCACAGAUGGUCCACAAGCUAUGCCUCCACUACGGGCCUUACAUCGGCACCAUCGGCGACCAAGUCUUCCACGACUUUCCCAGCCCGGCUAAGCUCACGUCACCCGGGGUCGAAGCCCAUCUCCGCGAGCUAGGCUUUGGUUACAGGGCAAGGUAUAUAGCACAGACGGCGCAGCAGAUCUCACACCAAAGACCCCAAGGCUGGCUGCUGAGCCUGCGAAAUCCAGCAAGCAUUGCCUGGGGUGCAGUGCCCGACAAGGCACAACCGCACGAGACACCCACAUACAAACGCGCCCACGAGCAGCUGCUCGAGCUCACCGGUGUCGGCCCCAAGGUCGCCGAUUGCGUCUGCCUCAUGGGGCUGGGCUGGGGCGAGGCUGUCCCCGUCGACACACACGUCUGGCAGAUCGCGAUGCGUGACUACAGAUUCGGCGGCAAGUCCAAGAACAAGACGCUCACAAAGGCCCUCUAUGAUGCUGUGGGCGACCAUUUCAGGGAGCUCUGGGGCAGCCAGGCAGGCUGGGCCCACUCCGUCUUGUUCACAGCCGAUCUGAGAACCUUUUCGGAUCGACUGCUUGAGAAGAAUCCGAAGGAGGAGAUUGACAGUACCAAUAUGGUGGUUAAGGUCGAGACCAAGGAUGACGUCGCCUUGGUUGCACCCAUCAUGCCGUCAAGGAAGCGGAAGAAUGUAGCGGCGACUGACGUAAAGGUGGAAGCAGAUCAGAGGGCUGCGGCAGACCCGGCCGGGGUGAGGAGGAGCAAAAGAAGGAAAAAUUGAUGAUGAAUAUCGCCGGCAAGGUUUCCAUGUCAUCGUGCAGUGAUGUUUCGAGCUGCCAGCCUUCCUCCUCGCCUGAGUACCUAGGUACCUAGGUACUC